AUUUAGCAAUUCCCGAAAUUACUCGAGGCUUCGCAAACCAAUUUAUUUACCUCUUCUCUGGCCAUAAAUAUUGCAAAAACCUUGAUUUUUGUCACAUUCGAUCGUCGACAAGCUUCUGUUUUGCAACAAAUAAUUGAUGAUUGCGAGUAAAGUCAUGUCAGGGCCGUGAUGUGGGUGUGUUUGGGCUAAACGUAAGGUUAGAUUUACGAGAAAUUGGAGGAAAUUGUUUGGUACCCUUCGAAAUGUAUGUGUUGAGAUUUACAUAAAAGCUAUUAUUAACGCCUUUGAGUGAUCCUCCAAGUGGCGGGGAGAUUGGUAAAAGAUAUUAGAAGGAUGCCGCAAGGUACUAUAAUGGUUUUGGCGUCUGUUAUGAAUUACUGAGAUUACUACGAGUUGUAAAAAUUUAAUUACGGUUGCAGUGGUGAUUCGCAAUGAAGCUGGUCAUUAAGGUUUUUAACUUUGUAAUUGUGACCUUUUGGGUCGUCUCGUGUCAAAAAACCGAUGAUGAAAGCAGGCCUUACGAGUUCGGGUUUACCAUCGACGGAGAACAGCACAGACAUGAGAAAAAAGAUGUUAAUGGAAUCAUCCAAGGCGAAUUCGGCUUUAUCACAGCCGACGGUAUUUAUCACGUAACCGUGUACGCCACCGACGAAAAUGGCAAUUUCAAAAUUUUGAGCAUGAGAAACGUGCGGAUUAGUGCCCCACUUGAUGGGUCCCCGCUACCCCCGGGGGCCAAAAUCGAGAGCAGUCCGGGCCUGGGCAACCAAAACCCACAACCUGGAACACAAGUCCAGAAACAACCACAACCUGUCCAGACCACGUCCAGGCCCAAGACAACCUACGUCUUCACCACUCAACCCACAAUCAAGCCGGCGUGUGGUGGCUGCGGUUACGUCACGACGCCUAAACCUAGACCUGGGGAACGGUUCCCGUUCCAGACGCCCGCCUUCCAGAAGCCUAGCCAAGAUUUGAACGCACCCAACCCAGGUUUAAAUUCCCCAAACCCAGGUCUAAAUUCCCCCAACCCAGGUUUAAAUUCCCCCAAUUCGGGCUCGAAUUAUCCCAAUCCUGGUGCGAAUUUGCCAAAUCCGAGCCCAAAUCCGUUGAUAAAUGCCCCAAUUCCGGGUCCGGUUUCGCCCGGAUUUAACGAAGUGGAGCGUCCCCGGAGGCCGCUUUCGCAGGUGACGGUGUCGGACGGUGCCAUUCACGUGCCCGGAAAUCCGGAUAUUCCGAUCCGGGAUAAGUUUCCGGGGAUGGUUGAUGGUUUGCCGGAUGGCAUUUCAGAGAAAGAUAUCACCGAUUUGUUGUAUAAGUUUAAUUAUACCGUUGGAUUUCACGGGCAUUACGAGAAAGGACUGAAGAAUGGUGCUAAGGUUGGUGGGUAUUUUGUUACCGGAAGAGAUGGAAUUAGCAGAAUUGUCACGUAUGUGGCCGAUGAGAAUGGAUUUAGACCGAAAGUGAAGUUUGUUAGAUUGGAUUUGAAUUCUGAUGAGGUGCCGAAAGAAGGAACGGAGAAAACGUUCGGAUUGAAGAAUUUCGAGUUUGUUUGGUAUCCGAUUAGUUAAAUUGUAAUAUUAGGUAUUAAAAUAAAUAAGUUUUUUUAACGGAAAAA